CCGCCGCCAUGGCCGCACCUGCGCCGGGACUCAUCUCGGUCUUCUCCAGCCCGCAGGAGCUGGGCGCGUCGCUGGCGCAGCUGGUGGCGCAGCGGGCCGCGAGCUGCCUGGAAGGCGACCGCGGCCGCUUCGCGCUUGGCCUGUCGGGCGGCAGCCUGGUGUCCAUGCUGGCGCGAGACCUGCCCGCCGCCGCCGCUCCCGCCGGGCCCGCCAGCCUUGCGCGCUGGACGCUCGGCUUCUGCGACGAGCGCCUCGUGCCGUUCGAGCACGCCGAGAGCACGUACGGCCUCUACCGGACGCACUUGCUCUCACAGCUGCCCAUCCCAGACAGCCAAGUCCUCACCAUCAACCCUGCCCUGCCCGUGGAGGACGCUGCGGAGGACUAUGCCGGGAAACUGAGGCAGGCCUUCCAAGGAGACGCGGUCCCUGUGUUUGACUUGCUGAUCCUGGGAGUGGGCCCCGACGGCCACACCUGUUCACUCUUCCCUGGCCAUCCCCUCCUACAGGAACGAGAGAAGAUCGUGGCUCCCAUCAGUGACUCCCCAAAGCCACCACCGAAGAGGGUGACCCUGACCCUCCCGGUGCUGAACGCAGCCCAAAGUGUCAUAUUCGUGGCCACGGGGGCCGGCAAGGCAGCUGUGCUGAAGCGCAUCCUGGAGGACGAGGACGGCGCGCUACCCGCCGCCAUGGUGCGGCCACGCACGGGCGCCCUCUGCUGGUUCCUGGACGAGGCGGCCGCGCGGCUGCUGUCGGUGCCCUUCGAGAAGCAUUCCACGCUGUAGUCCCAGGAGAGCGGGACCGGGAGCGGCGGCUGGGGAUUAAACUUGUUGCCCGAGGGAAGG